AUGCUCUUUUUCUCGUUCUUCAGAACAUUGGUUGACCAAGAGUUGAAAAACGGAAUCGAAGUCAAAGGAUUUCUUAAGUCGAUGGACCAAUAUCUGAACCUUAAGCUUGAUAACAUAUCCAUGAUUACAGACGAAGUGAAAUUCCCACAGCUAGUGGCUGUCAGAAACCUGUUCAUCAGAGGUUCCAUGGUCAGAUACAUUCAUCUCAAUCCACAGAGUAUCAGCACAGAUUUGCUACAGGAUGCCUCAAGGAGGGGUAAGUGA